CCAAAAGGAGGAGAGUACAGGCGAGGGAAGGGCAGCGCGUUUGCGGCUCAUGUUCCAGGCAUAGGCGUUGUUCAAUCAUACCGGCAAACCUGUAGUUGCAUUUACAUUGUGUUAUAACAUUUUUGGCGCCUUUUAAGCAUAACUUGCGCCAUUGCAUUGUCUGCAGCAUGAAUCCUACAUCGGAGGAAGAAAAAAAGAGGCUGGCUGAUGAGCUGAGCGACUGCACAGCCCGCCUUCUCAGAAUCUCGGAGCAGAGCUGUCCGCUAAAACACACAAAGCGCACAAAUUACCUCUCGUGGCAAGACUACUUCAUGUCUUCAGCUUACCUUGCAGCCAUGCGUAGCAAGGACCCCAAUACACAGGUGGGUUGUGUAAUCGUCAACGAAGAGAACAGAAUCGUAGGAGCGGGCUACAAUGGAAUGCCCAAUGGACUGAGCGAUGAUGAAAUGCCUUGGGGCAGGUCAAGUGAGUCGCCCGUUGAGACCAAGUAUCCGUAUGUGUGCCACGCGGAGAUGAAUGCCAUUUUCAACCGCAAUUGCUUCGAGUUGCGUGGCUGCAUGUUGUACACAACGCACUUCCCCUGCAACGAGUGUGCCAAAAUGGUUGUCCAGUCCGGAAUCGGGCAGGUUGUCUUCCUGUGCGACAAGCGCCCCGAAGAGCCGACUUAUGUUGCAUCGAGGCUCAUUCUUACCAAAGCUGGGGUUACCUUCAGGCAACAUGUUCCCGAGACUAAGAAGAUUGUAAUUGACUUUGAGCAGUUGGCUGCCUUCAAGAUUUGAAAAUCACUUUACUCUAUCAUCACCAACACCACCAAAUGAUUUUGUCCAUAUUAAACAACCUUAAAACUUCA